AUGCCGCUCAUCUAUGGCGCUGGCGGUGCCACCGCCGCCUUGACCGUCGUCGGCCUGUAUAUGCUGUUUAACGGCGAGGGCGAGGCCUUCAACGUUGGACAAUUCCUCGAGAGCGUUUCGCCGUACAUGUGGGCAGACAUGGGCAUCGGCCUCUGCAUCGGUCUGUCCGUGGUGGGCGCUGCAUGGGGUAUUCUCAUCACCGGUAGCUCCAUUCUCGGUGGAGGUGUCAAGGCGCCCAGGAUACGGACCAAGAACUUGAUCUCCAUCAUCUUUUGCGAGGUCGUCGCUAUCUACGGCGUUAUCAUGUCCAUCGUCUUCUCCGCCAAGAUCCAAUCCGUCAGCGGCGAUGCCCUUUACUCGGCCUCCAACUACUACACCGGAUUCGCGCUCUUCUGGGGAGGUAUCACGGUUGGCAUGUGCAACCUGAUCUGCGGUGUCUCGGUCGGCAUCAACGGUAGCAGUGCUGCUCUGGCCGACGCGGCAGACCCCAGCCUUUUCGUUAAGAUUCUCGUCAUCGAGAUCUUCAGCUCCGUCCUCGGCCUUUUCGGUCUCAUCAUUGGUCUGCUGGUCUCUGGAAAGGCUGCCGACUUCAGCAUGGACUGA